GCGCAACACACGAGCCAUUCUUGGCACCCGUUCUUUACCGCCCCGCGUCGCUCUCGUCUACAAUAAACAAGCAGUCCCACCUCCGUCACCUAAUGUGCCACCCCGUCCCUGUCCGCGGCGCAGCUUCUUCUUGUUCUCCCGCUUCCGCGGUCCGCCGAGGUAACCCUCGAGCUAACUUAUUUGAGAUCCAUUAAACCAGUGUGGAAGAAUUCCAAGUCUCCCGGUCUCGGCCCCCAUGAUGGUUCUUGUCAGCGUUGUGCGUUUCCACACAUCGGGAACGGCAUCGCGCUCCUGCCUCGACUGGGUUUGAGCAUUUGGGGCUUCUUCGUCGCCUGCCGCUUCUGAUUUGGAGUUUGUUGAUAACUUGAUAUUGCUCAAGAUGAUUGGAGUCUUUCUUAUCUUUUAUGGGGCUAUUAUGACCAUAUCACCUACUUGCAUACUGCAUGUCGCACAAGCAUGGAGUACGGAUUCAUUAGAAAUCAGUGCAUUAAGGAUUAUCAGGGGCAGUUUGAUUGAUAACAUGAACAACCUCAAAUCUUGGAGCAAAGGAGAUCCAUGUACAUCAAACUGGACAGGAAUAUUUUGUUAUCCUGCACCAAAAGAUGGGUACCUGCAUAUACGAGAAAUGCAACUGCUGAAGUUAAAUCUAUCGGGAACUCUGGCGCCUGAGCUUGGGCUUCUGUCUCAUUUGGAAAUAUUGGAUUUUAUGUGGAACGGCAUACAUGGAACCAUCCCAAAGGAGAUAGGCAACAUCACAUCCUUAAAACUUCUGCUUUUAAAUGGCAAUCUUAUUUCUGGUCCUUUACCUGAUGAGAUUGGUAACCUUUAUAAUCUGAAUAGGCUGCAAAUAGACCAGAACCAAAUUUCUGGGCCAAUACCUAAAUCAUUCGCUAAUUUGAGAAAAAUAAAGCAUCUGCACAUGAACAACAACUCGUUGAGUGGGCAAAUUCCACCAGAGUUGUCUAGACUGCCAAUCUUAUAUCAUUUCCUAGUGGAUAACAAUAACUUUUCUGGAUAUCUUCCACCAGAACUUGCAUCCCUGCCAUCUCUGAAAAUCCUUCAGCUUGAUAAUAACAAUUUCAGUGGCAGAUCCAUUCCAGCUUCUUUCAGCAACAUGACAAUGCUUGUAAAAUUGAGUCUCAGAAACUGCAGCUUGCAAGGAGCUAUUCCAGAUUUGAGUCAGAUACCUCGACUGGGCUAUUUGGAUCUCAGUUGGAACCAGUUGAAGGGGCCAUUACCAUCUAAACUUUCGAUUGAUAUAACUACCAUUGUUCUAUCACAUAACCACCUUAAUGGAACUAUACCUUUAACCUUUUCUGGACUGCCUAAACUCCAAAAAUUGUCCCUUGCAAACAAUCUACUUACUGGCUCUGUUCCGUCCUCUAUUUGGCAGAAUAUGACUUUUAACACAAAUGACACUCUUCUCUUGGACUUCCAGAACAAUUCUCUCACUGAUAUAUCAGAUGAUUACAGUCCUCCUGCAAAUGUCACAAUCUUGUGGAUUUUAUCAGGUGCCAUUUACUGGUUCACUAGCACAUGGAUCAAGAAUUUUCACCUGGUCCGGUCCAGUCUGCAAGUUACCAUAUGGUUACCCACAAAAUUUGGGCUAUAUGGAAAUCCUGUCUGUGACAGUGAAAACCAACUCGAUAUAGUCCAUUUUUGUCAGUUGAAGACUAUAAGCGAAGCAUCUAGAAAUUCAACAAAGUCUAAAAUCAUGUGUAGGCGAUGCCCAGUGGAUAAAGAUUAUGAGCACAAUCCAUUAUCUCCUAUGCAAUGUUUGUGCACUGUACCACUUGGAGUUGGAUUUCGGUUGAAAAGCCCAGGAAUAUCAGACUUUCGUUCAUAUAUUAAUGAUUUUGAGAUCAACCUGACUUCACUCCUCCACCUGUUUGUCUAUCAAUUGUAUAUUGACUCCUUUAUAUGGGAAAGUGGACCGAGGCUGAACAUGCAGUUAAAGUUAUUUCCUAGUAAUGUCAGUGUUUUCAAUGUAAGUGAAAUCUUGAGACUCAGAGGCAUGCUAGCUGGAUGGGAGAUUACACUUUCAGAUGUUUUUGGACCAUAUGAGCUCCUUAACUUCACAUUGGGAUCUUAUGCAAGUGAUAUUCCAGAUACUUCAGAGUCAGGGUUAAGCAAAAAUGCUAUGGUAGGCAUCUUGGUGGGUGCUGUUGCUGGUGCCAUUGCUGUAUCUGUAGCUGUUACAGUACUUAUCAUGAGAAGAUAUCGUGGUUAUCGAGCCAUUUCAAGAAAACGAUCAUCAAUGAGAACUUCAAUUAAAAUCAAUGAUGUAAAAUGCUUUACGUUUGAAGACAUGGCUCGAGCCACAAGCAAUUUCAGCAACUCCAUGCAAGUAGGCCAAGGAGGGUAUGGAAAAGUAUAUAGAGGAACUUUAGUUGAUGGAACACCUGUAGCCAUAAAAAGAGCACAAGAAGGAUCCGUACAAGGUUCAAAGGAGUUCUCAACAGAGAUAGAGUUAUUGUCAAGGUUGCAUCACCGUAAUUUAGUUUCUUUAGUUGGAUACUGCGAUGAACAAGAUGAACAGAUGCUGGUCUAUGAGUUCAUGCCUAAUGGCACUCUGCGUGAUCACCUUUCUGCUAAAUGUACAGAACCUCUGAGUUUUUCUAAGCGGUUGCACAUUGCACUGGGUUCUGCUAGGGGCAUCUUGUAUCUACAUAGUGAAGCAAAUCCUCCAAUUUUUCAUCGUGAUAUUAAAGCAAGCAAUAUAUUAUUAGACUUCAAAUUUGUUGCUAAAGUAGCUGAUUUUGGUCUCUCGCGACUGGCCCCUGGACAUGACGCUGAAGGCAUCACCCCUGGUCAUAUUUCAACUGUAGUAAAGGGCACUCCAGGAUACCUUGAUCCGGAGUAUCUUCUAACUCACAAGUUGACAGAUAGAAGUGAUGUCUAUAGUCUUGGGGUUGUAUUUUUGGAACUCUUGACUGGGAUGCGUCCAAUUUCUCAUGGCAAAAACAUAGUUAGAGAGGUGAAAACUGCCUGUCAAUGUGGAUUGAUGUUCUCAAUCAUUGACAGCCGCAUGAAUGCUUACCCUUCGGAAUGCAUGGAGAAAUUUAUUUCUUUGGCUCUUGGAUGUUGCCACGAUGAGACUGAUGUGAGACCGUCGAUGUCUGAAGUAGUUAGGGAGUUGGAAAACAUACUUCACAUGAUGCCUGAGGAUGCUACAUCAGAAGCUCUGGUAACAGAUUCUAGCAAGAUAGUCUCAGUCUCAUUUGUAUCAUCAGAAAGCUCAGGUGCAGAUCACCUUGUCAGCAGUGGAAUCCCUGCUGUUGCGGCCCGAUGAAACCACCAUGCCUUGUUUCCACUUUCCACCAUGUAUAUGUUUAGUACUUUUCUCUUUUCUUUCCUGAAUCUUCACUUCAAGAUACAGAUUAAGUUUGAAACACGAAAAUUAAAAAAAGAAAUAUUUAUAGGAAUAAUCUAAUAGUUGAUGUUCACUUUUCUCAUGACUAUCUGAAGGGCAUAUUUUCAAUAAGAAUCAUCAAAUUUACUAA